AUGUCUUCGAUAAGUUUGCAACCUGCUGAAGAGAAAGAAAGACAUGAAGAAGUAAUUAUUGAAAGAAAUAACGAAAGUUUGGGAAUGCAUGUUGAUGAUAAUUUGCAAGUCAUCGAAAUAACCAAGCAGGGCCCUUGCGAUGGUAAAUUGUUACCUGGAGAUCGUAUUAUUCAGAUUGGAGAUCGCAUUGUUCAGACAAUUGAUGAUGCCAGAGAAGCGAUCGAAAUGGCUGGUUCAUCAAUCCGAAUCGUUUAUGAUCGUGGACUGCAAAGUACAACAAAUGACAAAAUCCCAGAACCACUAGAAUGCCUGUUCAAACGUCGUGAAGGCUUUACAUAUCAUUAUAUUCAAAUUAACUAUGUCAAAGGCUGCAAGUUUGGUCUUGGCAUUAAGCAUUUCCAGAACAACGUGAUCGUGUCACGCAUUGAUCCAGGUUCGCUCGCGGCACAAUCACUUCAGGAAAAAGAUCAUAUCAUUGAUAUUAAUGGCAUAAAAGUGACUGAUAAAGAAAUUGCAAGAACUUUACUUGUUCGUUCACUUAAGAAGAAAAAUUGCGUUAGUAUGUGCAUCGAACGUCCCGUUUCAUUAAAAGCCAGAAGUUGGGCAGAAGAUGCGAUAAGUGCAUCUAUGAUGCAACCUCCAUCUGUUGCACUGGCUACUGAUGUACGAGAAAUCGCUGCUCGACAACAGCAGAGAAUGAUGGAAGCAAUGGAAAGUAAAAAACCUGGAAUAAUCAAGAAACCAAGCACCAAAGGAAUCAGUUCUGAACAUGGAAAAAUUGUACGCAUUGCACCAGUCGAGAAGCAAGACGUAUGUUUCAGAAAUUUUUGA